GCGCGCGCAUCGAAAACGGAAAAGCGCAAAUUUUGAAGUUCUCAAAAUAAAAGUCUAGUUGUGUCUUAUUUCGAUUAUGUCUGGGGUAGAUGUUCUCUCCCCGCUGCCACGGAGUAAUAGUCGCCUUCAAGAGACACCCCAGAACUAUAUCUCCCCUGCGACCAGGAGGCAUGGCAUAAUGACAGGAACAUCCUCCCCAUUGAUGGGAGGCAGCAUGAAUGAUGAUGAGGCUGAGAAAAAGGCCAGGCGAAGAUCUAAAGUGAUGGAAUUACACCGCAGGAACAUUAACAGUCCAUCUACACCAUCUGAUAGAAGACGGUCUCUACCACUUACGACACUCUCAAAUACUCAAUUGUCAGAGCAUUAUACGAACUGUAUAAAACUCUCAGCAGAAAAUAAAAUAAAUGCAAAAAAUGCAUUUGGUUUGCAUUUGAUUGACUACAUGUCGGAGCUUUUAAAGAAGAAAGAUUUGAAUAAUUUCCAAGUGGCAAGUUCCACAUUGGAUGCUAGUGCCAAGAUUUAUGCUGGGAGAGUUGACGCCAUCCACACAGAGACAUAUAAGAUGUUGGGUGGCCUUGGCAGGAGUGAAAAUAAAAAGAAGGGAGAAGAUGGAGAUGCUGUAAAUGAUGAUAUGGAUGCUGCUGAUGAUGAAGAAAAUGAUGCACAAGUUAAAAAAAGGAAACGGGCAAGGAAAAGUAAUACAAUAGAGCAGAAUUUAAAAAAUAUAAAUGUCAACAAGUUUGAUUUAGAAUUUGAGGUAGAUCCAUUGUUCCAUAAAACUGCCUCUACCUUUGAUGAGGGUGGCUCAGGGGGUCUCUUACUGAACCACCUACAUUGUAUAGAUGACAGUUCACAGCUUAUCCUUGACUCAAGCACUGUUGUUAUGAACACAGAUAGCACUAAACACAAUGAUAAAUCACGUGCACUGGUUGAUCUAAGCAACUUUAAAGAUGUGUAUGCUUCUCUGAACCAACCAGGCCUGAAGAUCUGCCCCCAGUUUGCUGACUUUACCUUUACUAACUGGGACCAGACACGAUCAGAAGAGACGUUUAAUGCCAUGUUCAAGGGGUCAAAUGAUCAUGUCUUUGAUCUGCAUGCUGAGCCUGAACCAAUGCAUGAAGAUACACAGACAGAUCGGGGUGAUGAUGCAUAUAGCGAGUUUGGCGGUGGAGAUGGAGAUUUCGCUGAUGAUGAUGGAGGUGAAUCAUAUGUUACGGAGGCAGGAGACAAAGCAGAGUUUAUAGGGGAUGGCAAAGAAGCUAGGAUGGUCACUGAUGCUAUAGAUAAUAUUAAACAUGGUACUAUAGGAACCUUGCUGCAGGUAUUGGCAAGUGAACCAGGGGAAUAUUCCUAUUUCAACACAUCAUUACUCAGUACAUGGGCUGGCCCAGAACACUGGAAACUCAAACCACAAUCAAAAGAUCCCAGAUUUCUGAGUAUAGCUGACAGGACCAAGAAACCACGGGAGAAGAAACAAGCUUUUAGGAUUGACUAUGAUGAUACUGAAGUGGACUUUGAUAAUUAUUUCAAGGAGUCUCGAGCAGCAACUACUCUGGCUAAAACUACGCUGGAUAAAUACAGUAAAUCUCAAACUACAUUACCAGAGGAUUUACAUUAUGAAGCUGAAAAAUUAUUUAGAAUAUUUAUCAAGCCUAAAGUUAUGGUAAAGAGACAACAUGGCACAAAGAAUGACAUUGAUGAUGGUAUAAGUAACUAUGACUACGAUAAUGCUAAUGAUAGAGAGAACUUCUGUCCUGAUGUGGAUGAUGGUUUAGAUGAUAACGAUGACGAUGCUACGCUAGGGGGCUUCAAUUUAACAUCACAGGACAGCCAAUCACAGGACAUCACCAUGGGAAGCUUUAACCAAACACUAGAUGGCACUAUUCUAGCAGGGGAUAAUCUUGUCUCACAACCUAAUAGGGUUAACAAGAUCGACAUUGGUUAUGCCAAGACUGCCAAGAAGGUUGAUGUAAAGAAACUGAAGUCUUCCAUCUGGACAAUCUUAACAAAGUCUCCCGAUAAACAGGAGGAUGAAAAGAAUGAAGCAGAAGAGGAAACCAUUGAAAAACCAAAUGACGUAUCAGGCAGUCAUUCUUUCCAAACUCUACUGGAUACACUUCCAGAUACAGUGUCUAAGAAUAUGUCUAAAAAUCUCAGCAUCCCAAUCGUGUUUGUCUGUCUAUUGCAUCUUGCAAAUGAGAAGACGUUGAAACUUGUAAGUGAUGAGAAUAUGGAUGAUCUCAAUAUAUCUCAGGGGAUAUGACCUGCACCUCACUUAAAGGAAUACAUAUUAGGUUAAUGGGGCUAUUGAUUGUGUCAUCGCAAGACAAGAAAUCGCAAGUAAGCUGAAGGGCACCUGUUCAACAUACAACUUGAGGAAUCACAUAUACUGUACAUAGUGCUUAAAGAUACCUAUUCCCGUCAGCAUACAACUUGUGGAAUCGCAUAUAUUGUACAAUGAACAUUGUGCUUUAAAGCGCAUUGUUCAGGAUUUAACUUAAAGAAUCAAAUGAACAUACUUUAAUGCAUAAGGACACCUGUUGGAAUCAUACACGCACAACAUUUACAUAUGAAUUACAUUGCUACAUCAAAAACCUACACAUGCUCAUAGUGAUACACAUUGAAUAUGGUAAAUGGUAUGAGUGAUCUGGUGGAUAAUAGAGAGCUUUCGAUAUAAGUUUUCAGCUAAACUUAUACUGCAACUUUAACUUUUAAA